UCCUUCUCAUAUCUUCAUCGUGUUGUAACCACACAGCAACAUGCUAAAGUUGAGUUUCUUUCACUUUUUAAAACGAUAAACAAACUCACAGCUCUAAUGGAUGACCGUGAGCUGGACCUGACAGAGGCACAGAAAGCUACAAAGUCAAAAUAUCCGCCAAUAAACAAGAAAUAUGAAUACUUGGAUCAUACAGCAGAUGUACAAAUCCACUCCUGGGGAGGCUCUCUGGAGGAAGCCUUUGAGCAGUGUGCCAUGGGCAUGUUUGGCUACAUGACGGACACAGAGACUGUGGAGCCCCUUGAUACUGUUGAAGUGGAGUCAGAGGGUGAAGACAUGGAGUCGCUUCUUUUCCACUUUCUAGAUGACUGGUUAUACAAGUUUAGUGCAGAUCUCUUCUUUGUUCCCAGGGAAGUCAAAGUUGUGCACCUAGACAGAAUGCACUUCAAGAUCCGCUCCAUUGGUUGGGGUGAAGAAUUUUCUCUGGAAAAGCAUCCACAGGGUACAGAAGUGAAAGCCAUUACAUACUCCGCAAUGCAGAUCCACGAUAUAGAAAAACCAGAGAUAUUUGCCAUAAUUGAUAUCUGACAACACCUCAAGAGUUGUGGUUCAAUGGAACUGAGGCACUGAUUAUUAUUGAUUGAUUAUUGAAUUAGUUUUGUACCAACAAGAUAAUUUCUCAGCAUUUCUAGUGAUGUUAAUAAACAUGAUGCAAUCAGUAAGUUCCCUGACAGAUUACAUACCAGUGAUAUGAAAUUGACAUGAUUUCAGAAGGCUUCGAAUGUGUUAAUAUUUAGGGAAAUGGAUUGCAUGUAAAUAAUGUUUUUUCUUGAGUCAUUAUUGAAUCACAAACUCUCUGAUUUUGAAUAAUGUGAUUGAUUUUACCCAGGUUUACUUGAAAUGGUUUAGCAAAUUCUUAUUCCUAUUUAUCACAAAUUUGAAAUUGUGUUAAUUUUUUUUUAAAGAAUUCUCUUUUGAAUAUUUUCAG